AUGGGCGUGCGGCGGUGCAGGGCGAGUGCUGCGGCUGGUGUUCGUGAGGUUGUGGCUUGUCGACGCGCGCUACUUCAGGUACCUGACUCUAGAGCACAGCCCCGGCGCCGGAGUAGCGCGCGCCGCCAUCGCCUGCUCCUAUUUAUAGCGCGAGUGUCGGUGCCGAGCACGAAGAGCGUGCGACUCGGUGGCCGGUCGAGUGUCGACUGCAGCUCGGAGUCGGCGGCGCGUCCCCCGCGCGUCGCCAGACGUCAGCUGACCGCGGCUGCACCGGCCCUGACAUUGGCGGGCGCGCCGGCGCGCGGGGGGUGA